CUUUGUUGUCCGUAAAAAUCGUGCGACUUCCGCCGUGAGUGUCAAGUAUGGCCACGUCUAGACUGGAGAUCAAUUUCGUCCGAUUAUUAUCCCGCUGUGAGUCUCUGGCUUCAGAGAAAAGAGGCGAGACAGAAUGGAGACUAGAGAAGUAUGUUGGAGCUCUGGAAGAGAUGCUCAUGGCCCUUAAAAAAAAUUCCAGCAAACCAACAGCGGAAAUAUUAACGGACUACACUCGCAAAGUGGACUUCCUAAAAGGCCUUUUAGAAGCAGAAAAACUGCCAUCCUCAGCAGAGAAGUCCUUAGCCAAUCAGUUUCUGGCUCCUGGACGAACGCCAACGAUAUCCAGCGAGAGAACGCCAGCCAGUAAAACGGUGCACAUACAGAGUAAAGCGCGCUGUGUGGGAGAGAUGAGAAAAGAAUUGAUGAGCACAGGGCCGUCAAAUUCCAGUGCGUUUGAGACUGAUCUCAGACACAGAAAGAGUAUUUCUGUUGACGAGCGGCAGUCGGCAGCAGAGCUGGACGCAAUUCUUCAACACCACCAAAAUUUGCAGGAGAAACUGGCUGAGGACAUGCUAAACCUCGCUCGCAACCUUAAAAACAACACGCUCGCAGCCCAGAACAUUAUUAAACAAGACAACCAGACCCUCAGUCAGUCCAUGCGUCAGGCCGACGUGAACUUCGAGAAGCUGAAAACGGAGUCCGAGCGCCUGGAACAGCACGCCAAGAAAUCCGUCAACUGGUUCCUGUGGCUGAUGCUUAUAGUCGUCUCAUUCACGUUUAUCAGCAUGAUCCUGUUUAUAAGACUCUUCCCAAGACUUAGAUAAUAUUGUAGAUCAUUAGAACAAGCUAGAUUUAAUUUAUCUAUUAGGUUUACAUAUAGAUGCUAGCCAAGAGUUUUUUUUUUUUUUUUUUGUCUAGUAAACUUAAUUAAAUCAAGCUCAGGUGGGAUGAUUGAGAGCGAGUUUUACCCAUGAAUUUGACAUUGUUACUGUACCUGCGUGCCAUUGUGAUGUCAUAAUGAUGCAUUGUGAUGCUACACAUCCUGAAAUCUCAAUUCAUAUCUGCCCGUGUUCAGUCUUCGACAUUACAGUUGAUACUAAAUAAAGAAACAUUUUGGGUUCACCACAAGUUAAGCUCAAUCGACAGCAUUUGUGGCAUAAUGUUGAUUACCACAAAAAUGUAAUUAGACUCGUCCCUCCUUUAAAAAAAAUAAAAAAUGCACAAAUCUGGGUUGCAUUGAGGCACUUAUGAUGGAAGUGAAUGUGGCCAAUCCGUAAACGUUAAAAUACUUACUGUUUUGGGGGCCUGGGUAGUGCAGCGAGUAUUGACGCUGACUACCACCCCUUGAGUCACAAGUUAGAAUCCAGGGCGUGCUGAGUAACUCCAGCCAGGUCUCCUAAGCAACCAAAUUGGCCCUGUUGCUAGGGAGGGUAGAGUUACAUGGGGUAACCUCCUCGUGGUUGCGAUUAGUAGUUCUCGCUCUCAGUGGGGCGUGUGGUAAGUUGUGCGUGGAUCGCGGAGAGUAGCAUGAGCCUCCACAUGCUGGGAGUCUUCGUGGUGACAUGCACAGCGAGUCACGUGAUAAGAUGCGCGGAUUGACGGUCUCAGAAGCAGAGGCAACUGAGACUUGUCCUCCGCCACCCGGAUUGAGGUGAGUAACCGCGCCACCACGAGGACCUACUAAGUAGUGGGAAUUGGGCAUUCCAAAACUGGGAGAAAAGGGGAUUAAAAAAAAUAAAUACUCGCUAUUUCAGAUGUAUUGCAACAAGACAGAAAAAUAUGUGUUAACAUGAUUUUAGUGUGAUCAAAUCGAUUAUUAACCAUUUCUUUGUAAAUUUAUCAGAUUUUACAAUUUCGUUGCCAUGACAAAGUAACACCGCAAACUCUAAAACGAUCGUAAAAACGACGAUUUCGGCUCAAAUACACGUGUUUUAACAGAAUAGUUAAUGUAAGUGUUUUUAUCAAAUCAUAAAAUUCACAUUUCUGCUUUAUUAAAUCCUCCAAAAAUGUACCCUGGUCAAAAAUAUUGUGUAUUCGAUCAUUGCCAUUUUAAGUUGUAACCUCGAUUUAUUUAUUUAUUUUCUCCCCAGUGCGCUCUAAGUCCUCGUGGUGGCGUAAUCACUUGCCUCAAUCCGGGUGGCGGAGGACGAAUCUCAGUUGCCUCCACGUCUGAAACCGUCAAUCCGCACAUCUUAUUACAUGGCUUGUUGGGCACGUUACCGUGGAGACCUAGUGCGUGUGGAGACUUCACGCUAUUCUCUGCAGCAUUCACGCACAUCUCACCACGCGCCCCACCAAGAGCGAACCACAUUAUAGCGACCACGAGGAGGUUACCCCAUGUGACUCUACCCUCCCUAGCAACCGGGCCAAUUUGGUUGCUUAGGAGACCUGGCUGGAGUCACGCAGCACGCCCUGGAUUUGAACUCGUGACUCCAGAUGUGGUAGUCAGCAUCUUUACUUGCUGAGUUACGCAGGCCCACUUUUGCUUCUUUUUUUAAGAAAAGGAGGGACGAGAAUUAUUUUUUACUGUUAAUCAACAUUAUGCCAAAAUUCUGUCGAUUGAGCCUAACUUGUAUUGAACCCAGAAUAUUCCUUUAACGUAAUAGUUAAAUCUCGAAACAAAAUGUUUGUUAAAAUGAACGGUAAGUAUUAGGUAGCUUUAAAAUGGUAAUAAGUUAAUUUAUGAUUUCAUUUGCUGCUGCGUUUUCAUGGAAUAUACACCCAACAUUUUUGAAAAUAUUUAGGUGGAUUCUUAUUGAUGUAAUAAUAUUUUUGAGUUUUCGACACUAAAAAUGUCUGACAGCUUCUUUCAGAUUCGCGGUUAAUCGGUUUCUAUAUCUCGAAUAAUCGUCGAUUUAAAUGGAGCGUGCUGUUAUCCCGAUGCCUGCGAGUCGUCUUAAGUUCCGAACAAACUUGUCCAGGCUCGUAUCAAUCAUCUGGGCAAAGGAAGUGUUCUGGCAAGCAUCAGGAAGGAUUUUUGCUCAUCGGAAGCAACUCCAAUAGGAGCGACUGCUAUGAUAAAAGAGUAAAUGUCCUAUAUUUAGCUGGCGUAUGACUAAGUUAUAUAUGUGCUUGCGGUUUUCUGUAUUGCACAUGGAUCAUAUGCUUGGUUCUUGUAUGUUUAUUCAACUGUGGAGCUUUAGUUUGCUAUGUUCAAAAGGUUGUUCAAAGCUGUUUUCUGCAGCCUGACACAUGGUAAUUCAUUAUCCCGUUUUUUGUAUUCGCACAUUUGAUUGAUUCACCUGAACACAGAACAGCCAUAUACUGGUUUUUGUUCACAAAUACAGAAGUGUGUAUUAUUUUUAAAUAAUUUGACUGAUUUAUACGUUUUGAUUGUUUAACAAGUAUCAUGUUAUAAGACUCUGAGCAUGAAAAACUAAAUAAAAUAAUAAUAA